GGGUAACUUCCGGCCUGGCCGCUGUCUGGGUGGCGCGGCCGAGUCCCCUCGGGUGUUGGCGCUUCUCGCUUCCACGGCCGUCCCCCCGCCCCGCGCGGGGGGUUGGGCGGCCGCGGAAGGCGACUCGGACCUUCCCGGUGCCUGCGGUUCGUUCCGCGCCGUGUCUGUGCGCGCGGCGGCGCGGAGGCCCCCGGGGUCGGCGGGGCUGCGGCCUAGCCGGGCCUGCCGCCCGGCCCCAUGAGGCACAGCCUGAACAAGCUGCUGGCAACCUCGGGCCGCGACUCUUCGAGUGUCCGCGCCGGCCGGCAGGAUCCGAGCGCGGCGGCCGCGGGGGCGGAGACCUCGGCGGGGUCGGGAUCGCCUGAGCGCCGGCCGCCGCCGGGCGACGGGGGCGAGUCGGAGGCGGCCCGGAGGGGAAGCCGCGGCGGCGUGGCCGUGCGCGCGUCUGGGCCCUCGCCCCCGCCAGGGAAGAUGGAGGAGGACGAGGAGGACGCGAUCGCCAUGGUCCCCAAAGAAGAGCCGGAGGACAUGGACUUUCUCUCCGGGCUGGAACUGGCCGAUCUGCUGGACCCUCGGCAACCGGACUGGCACCUGGAGCCCGGGCUCAGCUCGCCCGGGCCCUUGUCCUCGUCCGGCGGAGGCUCGGAGAGCGGCGGCCUCUUGAGGGGGGACGACGACGACGAGAGCGCGGCCGCGGAGAUGCAGCGCUUUUCUGACCUGCUGCAGAGGCUGCUGAACGGCAUCGGAGGCUGCAGCGGCGGUGGCGGCGCCGGUGGUGAGCGCGGCAGCGCGGAAAAGAGGCGGAGAAAGUCCCCGGGAGGAGGCACCGGCGGCGGCACCACCAACGACAGCAACCAAGCGGCGACCAAGAGUCCCCGGAAGGCGGCGGCGGCCGCGGCCCGUCUCAAUCGGCUCAAGAAGAAGGAGUACGUGAUGGGGCUGGAGAGUCGAGUCCGGGGACUGGCCGCCGAGAACCAGGAGCUGCGGGCCGAGAACCGGGAGCUGGGCAGACGCGUGCAAGCACUGCAGGAGGAGAGUCGCUACCUACGGGCCGUCCUCGCCAACGAGACGGGACUGGCUCGCCUGCUGAGCCGGCUGAGCGGCGUGGGACUGCGCCUGACCACCUCGCUCUUCAGGGACUCGCCCGCCGGUGACCACGACUACGCCCUGCCGGUGGGGAAGCAGCCGCCGGAGCUGCCGGAAGAGGACGACGCGGCGGGAGGAGUGUGUCUCCAUGUGGACAAGGAUAAGGUGUCGGUGGAGUUCUGCUCGGCGUGCGCUCGGAAGGCGUCGUCUUCUCUUAAAAUGUAGGGUCAAGUAAUCUGCUCUUUACCCGCGGUUACCCCCUUCUGCUCCCUUACACCAUGUCAAACACCUUAGUGGGACAUCUUCACCGGACACAUUUCAGAGGCGGAAAAAAAAAGUAAUAUUAAAUCUUUUAAGUGUUUAGCUAAAACGCAUGAAUGUGACACUGUAACCAACUCCUAAUGAUAACCUGUGACUAUUAAAUCUCUCUGACAGUUUCUUUUUUAGGUGAUUUCCUUCCUGCCAGGCUCCGUUGUAGGGGUUACAGAACAGUCGUUCCCGCCUCCCAACCUGUGGAUGCAGCUGUUGGGGCAGAAGAGACGGGACCAGCUGCUGGCCACAUUUCCUGCUUUAUUUUAAAAGCUUAGCAGUAUCUGCAAAAACGAAUCUUUUCCUACAACCUGUUAACUGACUGGACUGAUGGUAACAGUAAUUGUGGGAGCCAUGUCGGUCAAAAAUUUGGCAUCUGCUGCAAAACAUGAAUGCCAUUUCCAAGUUCCCAAAUUACUUCUAUACUGAUUACACUUUCCAGAAACGGAGAUAUGAAAAGAUUCUCUGGAAUGCUUGAAAGACUUAAUAGAAAUCCAUGAGACUAAGUUAACUUUGGAACAAAAUUACAUCUUUUUGUCCUUUCAUGGCAGUAACACUAAAUUUAUUGCAUACUUUUUAAAAAAAAAUUGUAACCAUUGGAGAAGAGAAUUAUAGUGUUUUAUCAAGAAACAUUAGAUUUUUACACAGUCAAGAACACAUUCUGUGGAAUUAGAUUUAGUGGGUUAGAGUGACAUAAAUAGGCCAGCAGUGGUCACAGAACUUACCAUGAGUUCGUAUUUCUGGAAUGCGAAAAGCUGUUUUGGAAGACAGACACCUUGCUGAGUAGAAUAAAGUCCUCAACUUAAAGAGUAGUGUUUAUAAUAGAUGCUUUGAUUGUAUAUUUUUUUUAAAGUGACUAUUUUAAUGUCUGGGUGGUAUUGCCAUUUAGGGUAACAUGAGCUUGUGUGCAAUCCCAGGUUUGGCGUUUUGGACAUUGAGUACUUGAUCCUGUUUGAACGUGUUGAGGUGUCUGAUGAAUGACAUAGUUUCUACUGUUCUGUUAAAAUUUCUGUAGUGUUUGUUCUGUAAGAAGGAUCUUCAUAUUUUGGAUGAUAAUGGCUUAUUUCAUAUUACAAGUAAAAAACCCUUUCAGAACCCAAUCAUUUUUUCAUUGUUGAAUUAUGCUAAUACAUUUUCAUCUGUUUUAGACUAAGUCAUUUUAUUUUUGGCUCACGUGGGAAAUAUUGCAGAUAGAAGAGGGAGUUGAUGGAAAAUAGUGUUAUUACACUAUAACCAUGAUAUUCAAGAUCCAUUCAGGUCCUCUCCUUGUCUUCACCUGUGUGUUCAGUGUCUGUAAAGCCAAAAAGUAAAGGGAAUUCCUACAGGCUUGUAUUUAAAGAUGCCGCUGUUCCUGUAGCCGAAGGUUUGGUACUGCUACUGUGGUGUCGAGGUGCAGUGUGGAGAACUCACGAGAAAUGCUUAUCUUAAGAAUACAAAGUUAUGUGGUUGAGGGAUUUUGAAGGUAGAGAUCAAGUGCUCACAGAUGCAGUCAGUUUUUUCAAAUAAAUUAUUCUUCAAAGUUGAAGAAGUAAUAUUCGUGUUUUUUCCCCCUCUUUGUAUAUGUUGAUUCUAAGUUAAGACCUACCUUUAUACUUUUGUGUUCCUGAGUUCUUCCCAACUCCAUUUAUAUAUUAGAAAUUAAAAAGGCCUUCCAUUAUGGACAUGACAGAAUUUUUCAUAUAUUUGAAUUUAUAUAUCAUUAUGUGUGGGUUCAGUAUUUCACCAGUUACCCUGUUUUACAAUACUCCAUAUAAUUUAUGUUGAUUUAAACUUACUAUCUGGAAAUAUUUUAUGUUAAGAACUAAUUUAUAGAUCUAGUCACAAAUAUGUUUGGAGCAUUGUAUAAUUUUGUCAGUGUAAAAAAUUAAUUUUACUAUAGCUCAAACGUGUUUAUAAAUUUUUAUUAUCCUGCUGGGGUCAAAUUUCUAGACCCUUCUGGCUCUUAACUGAGUUUGGAUUUUAAUAUGUGUAUACAAACACAUAUGUAGACACAUAUUUUACAUACAAUAAAUAAGAAUAUUCCUUAAAACCAUGUACCUGGACAGAGCAGAUUGUAAAAUUCUAAAUAUUUUUAAUGGUUUGUUAACUUUAAUUGGACUGAAAUCUUAAUCGUUUUCCUCUGAGGUCUGAGCUAGGAAGGGCUCAGUUCCCCUAGGUUUAAUGUUCCUCACAGUUCCUGUCAUAUCUCUGCCUUCUUUUUUUUUUUUUAAAUAUUUAUUUAUUUAUUAUGUAUACAAUAUUCUGUUUGUGUGUAUGCCUGCUGGCCAGAAGAGGGCACCAGACCCCUUUACAGAUGGUUAUGAGCCACCAUGUGGUUGCUGGGAAUUGAACUCAGGACCUUUGGAAGAGCAGGCAAUGCUCUUAACCUCUGAGCCAUCUCUCCAGCCCCUAUCUCUGCCUUUUUAAGAGGGUUUUUGUAGACUUGUAGCCGUAGAGUAAGCAUUUACUGCUUAGUUGCCCAUUUCUACUAGUUUAAAAAGAGGAUUUGACUAUGUAGCAGAGGGAAGCGUUCAGGAUCCUUUUGUGAUAGAAACAGUUAAACACAUGUAUACUUAGAGUGUUAGGAGUUCAAUCCUGGGACCAUUUCAAGCACAGUAAACAGUUUGUAUUUACCAAGUAACAUAGUUGCAUCACUGAAUUUUCAGUUACUUUAGUUGAUUAUACCAUCUGUAUACCUAAGGAAUCUAAUUUAGCAGUUAUAUUUAAGGGUUGUGUUUUUACUUUGAUCAAUUUACUCAUUAAAAGAGAAUGUAGGUAGACAGUUUUGUAUCUCAGAGCCUUUACUUUUGCUAAUAUUCCUUGGAAAAAUAGGCAAUUGUGUACAAAAUACAUUUUGUCUUUGCAGUUCUAAAAGUUAAGCAUAUUUAAACUUGGGAAGCAAGAGAAAUCAUAUGACUAACCCAAGGGAAGAUACAGUAAACUUUUUUUUCCUUUCCCUUAUAAUUAUUAUACUUAAAAAAAAAAGACUAUUUCAUUUGCUCUUUGAAGGAACAAAUCUUGCAUUCCCGAAACUGCUAAAUUUCACUUACAAUUUAAUAGCAGCCUUGUUUCGUUAUUGAUGGAGACAAGGUGUUGCGGUGUUUGUAGGUCAAGCUAUGCUCAAACUUGGCACAGUGCCCUGCCUUUUCCUCCCAGUUGCUAGGCAUGCCUGGGUAGUUUGCUUUACACAGAUGCAAAGCUGCCUUUUCAAAAUUAACAAGUCACAGUAUCUAGAGGGAAUAGGUAAGAUAUGAACGAAACCAUACUUAGUAUGGUUUUAGAGAUCGUUACACUUUUCCGUGGUGACUAGCUGCUUCAUGGAGUAUUGAUCUAGUGUACAUUACUGAGACUGUCCACAGCUCACGAUUGCUAGUGGCUCAUAUUAACAGUACAGUUAUUUAUCGUUACAGAAAUUAGACAGUGUACAUUUGAUGAUGCCAUAGUAGUCAUUUCAACAAGAAGGCUACAAAGCCCUUGGGAAGAAAACAGAUGACUUCACGAGCAUACUUCAGAAAGUAAAGAUAGGGACGGUUGGCUGUGAGCGAGGUUACUCAGGAAGGUAGUGAAUUAUAGGCUGACAUCCUCCGCACCAUACAUGGGGGAGAAAAGCUCAAGCCUGAGAGUCUAAAGAACUUUAAAAGGUGAUUUUCUAAACCUUGUAGCUCCCAAGACAUAGGCUGGGAUUGAUCCUUUGAGUAAGAUGAGUUGUACUCAUGGAAACAGCCUGAAUAGAGAAUAAUAAGGCGUAAGUAACAUGCUGUAUUUUUAAGUCAAAACAAACCAUAAACAACCUUUUUCUUCCCGUUUGGCUUUGUGAGGGCUUUGUUCAUAA